AUGAAGGCCACGUUCAUCUUAGUGAUCCGAUUUGUCCUUGUCUUACUAACAGCUAUACCGAGGCACUUUGUGCUCACACUUGUUACAAAAUGCAAUACGAAAAUCCCAGUGGACCUUGACCUUUCUGGGCCACUACCAGACAAGAUAAUCAUCUCACCAUCUAAAGAAUUCUUAGGCACUUUAUAUCAGAUAAAACCAGAGUACAGAAAAGAGUAUAGGAUCGGAAGAAUUACAGACAAUUCAGAGCUUAUAUCUGAUGACCACUUUAGAAACUCCAAAAGAAUGAUACUCGUUCGAGUAUAUCCAGAUAGCACGGUUUAUAUUGAAGUUAAUACUGCCUUUCGGAAUAGCAAAGGUGAACUGGGAUAUGAAUGGGAUGAGUUUUUCAGGACUUCUAUCCAUACCAGAUACCACCCUGUUGAGAGAACACCAAUCGAGUUAGAGAUUAUGAUGGAGGGGAGCACAUCGUUCAUUAAGGUUGUAGAGAACCCGAGUACGAACACCAGGCACUAUCUAAUCCAAGAUGAUAAGGACUAUGCCGUGAAAAUUGGAGUUAUAAAGUUUGGGAAAUACGUUAUCGAUGAUAGAGUAGAUGAAGUUUUCAGCAAAUUUGUCACAUUUAAUGGAUCCGCAGAUGAUCCACAUGUAUUUGUUACAUCAAUUUUUAAGGAUAAAAGUUGUAUAAAGUCAAAGUAUAACUUUGUGGGAGGACCGAGACCAUUUGUACUAGAAAGGGAAUUUGCUUUUCAUGAUUUGUAG